AUGACAAUUUCACAACCGCUUUACAAUAGGAUAGCCAUCAUUGGUGGAGGUCCUCUGGGUCUUGCAGUUGCAAAAGCCUUGGCUCUAGAAACUGUGAAAUUUGACUGUGUAGAUGUAUUCGAGAGGAGGGACAACAUAGGUGGAGUAUGGUAUCAUGGAGGCAAUAAAGCUCUAACUCGACCAACCAUACCUUCUACAAGUCCAGUUGACGAAGAAAUAGUAUCAACGGAAGCUACUGUUUACGAUCGGUUCUUUUCUCCUAUUUAUGAGCAUAUGGAGACCAAUAUAACAUCGAAGAUAAUGGAAUAUAAUGGAAUUGAAUUUCCUUCCAAUGUGCCGAAAUACCCUACACGAGAACAAGUAGAGUAUUAUAUCCAAAAAUAUGCAACUACUAUUCCAGAUGAAGUGAAUAUCCGUUUGAAUGCUGAUGUCCAAAGGGUUGAGAAGAUUGGAGAUACGUGGGUGGUCCAAAUAGAAGACACCAUAUCCCAUAUUAUUCAAGAAAUAAAGUAUGAUGCGAUAGUUGUUGCGAAUGGACAUUUUAAUGUGCCAUAUAUCCCUGAUGUCCCAGGAUUAAAAGAAUGGAAUGGAGUCCUUCCAGGAAGUAUUCUUCAUUCAAAAUACUACGAAAGUCCCAAGCAAUAUCGAAAGAAACGUGUUCUUGUCGUUGGAAACUCAGCAAGUGGUGUAGAUAUAUCUACUCAGCUAAGUGCUUAUGCAGAGGUAUUUGUUUCAGUGAAAGAUUUAGAUAAAAUUCAGUUGAGAAAUGAUCUCAUUAAAUAUAUUGGAUUGAUUGAAAAAUAUGACCAUGUCAAUCGAUCAGCUUCGAUGAAUGACGAGAUGAUCACCGAUAUAGAUGUGGUGAUCUUUUGUACUGGAUAUCUUUACACAUUUCCGUUUUUGAAAUCUAUCAACCUAAUUACUGAUGGGUUUCAAGUAAAUAAUUUGUACAAACAAAUGUUUUACAUAGACGAUCCUUCUAUUUCUUUCGUUGCCCUCUUACGAAACGUCGUACCAAUGCCUAUUUCAGAAUCUCAAGGUGCCGUCAUUGCAAGAGUCUAUAGCGGAAGACUUGUCUUACCAUCAAAACACGACAUGAAACAGGAUUACUACAGCGAGUUGGCACUUAAAGGUUCCGGUCUGGAUUUCCACAAUUUCGCAUUUCCAAAGGAUGUUAACUAUUGUCAUCAUUUACAACAGAUUAUUGAUGAUAAUAAUCUAACACAACCAGGAUUAUUGGCUCCUGUUUGGGAUGACGAACGAACAUAUCAUAGACUGCAGACUAAAGUAGAGAAGUCAAAGAGGUUGGAAAAGUUAGUACAGCAUGUUCAACGUUUAAGAGAAACUGGAGAGGAAUUUUCUCUCCCUGAUUAUUGA